GAAUCUGACAACACUAAUCUGGAAACGUGGAGUUGGAGUGUGUACAGUAGGCGGUGCUUGAGUCAAUAAAUAGGCUUAUAAAUAGGAAUUCCUCUCUGAACUGACUGGUCGUAGACAAUACACCAUAAAGGAAUAUACGGGCGGAGAAGAUUUGACAAAAUGUGGAAUAGGAUAUUUUUUGGUGGAUUGGUUGUCUGUCUCAUCAGCCUCACUGGCCAGACUCAGGGCCAGAAAACAACUUUAGUUGUUCAAGGGACAGAUUGCACACAGAUCAAAACUCUCUCCCCUCGAGCCACCAGUGGAGUGUAUGUCAUUCAGCCUGCAGGAGUCAGAUCCCCCUUUAAGGUGUAUUGUGAGAUGCUGGCAGAUGGAGGCUGGACAGUCUUUCAAAGGCGCACCGGGGCAGAGGUUCUUUUCAACAGGAAGUGGGCUGUGUACAAACAAGGCUUUGGGCAUCUACGGAAGGACCACUGGCUGGGUCUGAGUAAGGUGUUUGCUCUAACAAAGGGCAGGGAGCGGAGCUCGACCAUGCGGGUCGACCUGUGGGACUUUGAAGGGGGCACUGCCUUCGCUGAGUACAGGGACUUCCGUCUGGGCAUGGAGAAGGAGGCCUAUAAGCUGAACGUUGGAGCAUACAGGGGCAAUGCAGGUGAUGCCAUCCGUGGGAAAUACGCCGGCAUUGACCAGAAUGGCUUUGGCUUCAGCACAACCGACAAGGACAACGACGGCUGCUCACCCUGCAUCUUUGGAGACAUCGCCGAGAACACGUGCAGCUUCUCGGAGGGAGGAGGAGGGUGGUGGUACAGUCGCUGUGGCUCUGCCAGCCUGAACGGAGACUGGCACCCCGCCGGCAAACACAUCGGCUGGGCCUCUGGCCUCCACUGGGAGACCUGGAAAGGACCUGCUCCAUACUCGGCCCGAGCCAGCCGCAUGAUGAUCAAGUCUGUGUGAGGCCACGUCUCAAUACAUCUGAAAUGGUUUCCUAGGCCUAUGUCUCCUUUGCUUUAUGACCACCAGUCUGAGCCACAUUAGUGGGCAUGAGUAGAGGAAACCAUUGAAAUAACAGGAACACACACAGCUAUGUGUUCCAUGGAGUGAUGCCUGCAUAUCGUGCCAUAUUGCUUAGCUUGAAUGGUCUGUUUAUUUGGAUCUGUUGUGCAAUCAACACACUUUGUUUAUCCCAUUUGCUUUGUUGUAUUAUAUCAUGGUGCAUAAGUCAGAGCCAACAUGUAAGUGACAGAAAUAGAAAAUAUACAUUUUUUACAUUUUUUAACCUCUAAACUCUACAAUGAGUUAUGUUUUCAGUGAAGAGAAAAUACCUUGAAGUUAUUUGUUACACUGCAACAAUUCCACAUCUAACUUCUGAAGUUUCAUCACAGUUUGACAAUUCAUAUUGUAGAAUGUUGAUAUUUUAUGCAUUUUUAAAUAAAAUACAUUUUUUAACAUUUGUUUAGCACAAACAUAUUCAAUAAUGUUCAGAAGCCAUUCAUUUUGCUUGUAUUCACACAUUCAAAGCUAUGUGUUUAUAGAGAAAUAGAAGUUGCUGGUUCAUCCUUGGGAGCAAUUUCCAAAACGCCUGAAGGUACCACGUUCAUCUGUACAAGCACUAGUAGUAAGCAAGUAUAAACACCAUGGGACAAUGCAGCUGUCAUACCGCUCAAGAAGGAGAUGCCUUCUGUCCCCUAGAGAUGAACGUACUUUGGUGCGAAAAGUGCAAAUCAAUCCCAGAACAACAGCAAAGGACCUUGUGAAGAUGCUGGAGGAAACCGAUACAAAAGUAUCUAUUGCCACAGUAAAACGAGUCCUAUAAUCGACAGAACCUGAAAAGCUGCUCAGCAAGGAAGAAGCCACUGCUCCAAAACCACCAUAAAAAGCCAGACUACAUUUUGCAACUGCACAUGGGGACAAAGAUCAUACUUUUUGGAGAAAUGUCCUCUGGUCUGAUGAAACAAAAAUAGUACUGUUUGGCCAUAAUGACCAUUGUCAUGUUUGGAGGAAAAAGGGGGAGGCUUGCAAGCUGAAGAACACCAUCCCAACCGUGAAGCAUGGGGGUGAUAGCAUCAUGUUGUGGGGGUGCUUUGCUGCAGGAGGGACUGGUGCACUUCACAAAACAAUUUCAAGGCAAUGCUACCAAAUACUAAUUGAGUGCAUGCAAACUUCUGACCCACUGGGAAUGUAAUGAAAG